AUGUCGAGCUUCGCACCAGUAGUAAAUAGCGGCAGUGGUAACCCAGCUGCUGCCACCGCGACAGAUCUCACCUGUCUCAUGUUCAGUGGUUUCCAACAAAUGGCCGCUGCUAACUAUAUGCAUGAAUUGCGUCGGAUGAUUACGAUGGAGAAUUUGACACAGCAUUAUUCCGGCAUUUGGCCUGGUGUCGGCCCGGCCGCUACCACAACUCCAUUCGCUGGUGCUGGAUCCUGGCCAGAUGCUCAGCAUAUGCUAGGUUCUGUAAUUUCCAACUCUUCUGCCAUUACUGUGGGCACUGCGUCUACUACCGAUGCUUCAUCAACAACAGGGCCAUUAGGCAAUUUGACGAAUUCAAAAGAGAGCCCAACAAAGAAAUCGACAUAA